AAACUCAGAGAUCUGCCUGCCUCAACCUUCUUAAUGCUGGGAUUAAAGGCAUGCACCACCGUCCAAUUUUUGUGUGCUGUUUCUCAUCUAUGUUGGGUACCAGACUGGGACCAGAAAGUUUAGAAAUACAUAUAACAUGGUCUCUUGCUCCCAAGAAAGGAAGAGAGGUGUGAAGAGGCAAUUUUAAUACAAGUUAAUUCAGAGUCUCCUAAACAGAAGCAAAAAGGGCUCCUGGGGGACGCAGUUCACAGCUCUUCCUGGAUGGAGAUGGAGGGCUUUCUGGAGGAGCAGAGGCUGGACCUAAUCUUCGAGGAGGAAGGGAGUGUGCUAAGUGGGAAAGAUGUGACUUAAUCAGUAGGGGUCAGUAAAUCCCUCACAUGCUUGAGUCUGUGUGGAUGUAGGGGAACAGAAGUAAAUAGAUGAGGGCAUGUCCUUGGGUCUCCACCCCCCUCCACCCGACAUGCUGGUGCUUGAGCCCAGGCCUUUAGCACGAGGCAAGUAUUCUAUCAUAUAUGAUAGUCCCCGUCUUAUGGCAUCGGUUCAACCUUGUCAGGGUCCUUUCACGAGGGUCCUAUAGCUUGUAGGUUCUGUUUAGAGUAUAUCACCCCUCCCGGGUGGUUAAUGGAAGAACCACAGAGCACCGACCCCUUGUCUGUGGUCUGUUUGCCCGAGGUAGGGAUCGAGGCAGUGGUGAGGAGCCUCCAGGGAAGCCUGCAGAUGACCAACACAGAGCUGCAGAAGCAGGGUCUGCUGCUCUUUGCCGAAAUUCUGACUCGGCAGCCAGAAGAGAUCAGGCUGUUCACAAGUUCAGCCAUGUGCAGAGACGCCAGCCGUGCCCUCCAGGAGGCGGUGAGCAGCCCCGUGUUAGAUGUGGCCGCAGAAGCUCUGAGGGCCAUUUCAGCUUUUCUGAGGAAGGACCAUCAGAGCUCUCUGCCUGUGCAAUACAGAGCACUUCGGGCCUUACUUGAAGCCAUGCUGAGUCGAUGUAUGGAGUUUUCCCAGACACCACUGAACAGGAGGCCCCUGGGCCAUGCUGGCAGUAGAAACUCAGAGAAGGCCACUCUUCGAAAGGGGAAAUUCCUCCUGAGCACUCUGGAGGGGUUUAGGAAUGCCUGCAGGUUGGCUGUGGAAUUCCAAGGUGAGCCUUGCGCCCAGGAGAAUCCCUUCACGGCUCCCGGUGCAGAGAAGGAAGAUACCUUGGAGGCCUUCUCAGAAUUUCUUCUCCGAGCCUGUGACUCCCAGUGUAUCCCUAUGAUGAUGAGGUACUCAGAGGAGGCCACGCACCCCAGCCUGAUGGAGGUUUUCCUCUCCAUUCUGCACAGCCUCUUUGUCAUCGUUCCCCACAUGAAGGUGAAGUUCUCCAGGAAGCUUGCUGACUCGUCAUUCAUACGACUGACCCUGGAGCUGAAGGCCAGGUUCUGCAGUGGCCAGAGUCACUCAUCCCUAAAUCAGGUGUGUUCCAGUUUCCUCUACUACCUGUGCCUCAGUCUCCUCUCAGCUCCCGAGAAGACAAAACCGCCCUCCCAAGAAGAACUCUCUGCAGUGUCUGAGUUCCUGCAGCAUGGGUUGCCCCAGAUCAGCAGCCGGACCCCAGAAAGCCUUGCCUUCCUGUCAGGUCGCCAGUAUGUGGAGGUCGCCGCACGCCAGAGACAAUACUGCCUCCUGCUCCUCUUCUACCUGGCUCACAUCCAUGAGGACAGGUUUGUCCCCGAGGCAGAGUUAUUUGUGGCCGUGCAGAGCUUCCUUUUGUCUGUGCAGGACCAGGGCGAGUGCCCUCCGCCAGUGGUCUGCAAAGCCUCCGUCUAUCUGCUGGCAAUGUGCCAGGACAAGGACAGUGCCCUGGGUGAGGCUGUGAUCAGUGCGAUCAGAAAAUUCCUAGAGGGCAUCUCAGACCUACACCUGGUCUACACUCACCACCCACUCCUGCUCAGAUUCUUCCUGGUUUAUCCAGGGCUGAUGAGCAGGUUUGGGCAUCGUGCCCUGGAACUUUGGUUUUCUGGGGAAGAGUGCAACUAUGAGAACCUAGAUGACGAUUCGUCUCCCGGACGGACCAUCUUUCCUGCCAACUUAGCAGCCCUGUUCCAGAUGCUCAGAAGCACGCCUAGCAUCCUGCUCAUUUUGCUGGACCUGGUCUAUUCCAGUCCCAUGGACACAGCCCGCAAGGUACUGAUUGUCCUGAGGACCUUCAUCCGGGAGAACGAAGACAUCGAAGUGGGUGGUCUCAUCCGCGGCCACUUCCUGAUCAUCCUGCAGCGCCUGCUGGUGGAGUAUGGCGCUCCCACCUCCGGAGCCUCGGGGAACCUGCCGCUGCUGCUGAACCUCCUCUCCUUGGUGCAGCUGAGGAGUGAGCCGGAGCAAGAACUGGACAGCAUGGCCAUGAAGCUGCUUCACCAAGUCAGCAAGCUGUGUGGGAAGUGCAGCCCUGCAGAUGUGGACAUCCUACAGCCCUCCUUCAACUUCCUGUACUGGAGUCUUCAGAGGACCACGCCCAGUAGCCAGAAAAGAGCUGCUGCUGUUCUGCUGAGCAGCCCGGCCUUGCUUGAGCUCCUGGAGAAGAUGCUGGCGCUCACCUGGACCGAAGGGGGCUCUCCCAGGACUCCACUGCUCUGCUCUGCCUGGCUGCUCACCGCCUCCUUCUCUGCCCAGCAGCACGAGGGCAAUUUGCAGGUUCAUCAGACAUUAUCCAUGGAACUCAGCCAAGUGCUGAAAGCUCUCAGCUUUCCAAAGAAAAAAUCUGCACUCCUCUCAGCUGCCAUCCUACGAUUCCUGCGGACAGCCCUGCAGCAAAGGUUUUCUUCUGCCUUGGUGGCCUUGGUGCCCUCAGAGGGUCAACUGAGGUCAGCUCCUGAGGACACGGUCCUAGCUCCUCUGGGAACAUCACAAGUGCUCUCCCUGCUCAUCGGGCUUCAGAACCUCCUGGUGCAGAAAGAUCCUCUGUUAUCUCAAGCCUGUGUUGGCUGUCUGGAAGCCUUGCUUGACUACCUGCAUGCCAGGAGCCCCGACCUGGCACUCCAUGUGGCCUCCCAGCCCUGGAAUCGGUUUUUGCUGUUCACCCUCUUGGAUGCUGGAGAUAAUUCCUUCCUCAGACCUGAGAUAUUAAGACUUUUGACUGUGUUUGUGCAGUACCGGAGCAGCAACGUCCUCUCUCGUGAAGAGGUGGGUCUUAUUUUGCAAGGUGCAGCUUUGACUGACCUGUCAGCUCUCCCAAAUGAUACACUCAAGGCCCUGCAUGGCUUCUUCCUGCAGGUCCAGAAUGUGGGUCUCCUGACUGACCACAAUACAAUCCAGACCUUGCAGAUCUUGGAGGGCCUUCCCUCCAGCGCCCUCCCAGCCCAGCCACCCCUUCAAGACAUGCUCUGCCUUGGAGGUGUGUAUGUCUCCCUGUCCCACAUCAGAGGCUGAGCCUUAAGGAUAUAAAGGUCCAGACACAGAAAGAAGACCUGCAGACAAAUUCAGGACAAUUGUUGAUAGAAAAAUGACAAUCUCAGUCAUUCAUCUGGACCCAUUUUACUCCACCGUGGAAAAAUGGAAUCAGGAAAUAAAACAAGGCAUUC